CUGCCAGCUGUUAAAAUUUAUUAAUUGCAUUUGCAUUGGCAAAAAUGCCACGGGAGAGAAAUAAAUUGAAAAGCCAAGUCAACUAAAAGUUAAGCGACUUAUUCCCACUCAAAGCGAGAUGGAGAAGAGGCAGAGGGAACUGGAGGCGCUGGUGUCCACGCAGAAGGAGCAGCUGGGGCGCUACGAGAAGCGACUGAAAGACGUGGUCACUGCCUACAAGGGACUGCUAAAGGAGAAGGAGGCGCUGGAGACGAGUCUGGCGGCACAUGCGGAGGCCACGGCGGUGGGCGACUCCGGGUCCCCGACCAGGAAGGUAGAGUCCCAAAACACCAGCACAGAUUCAGCGGACGGAGCAGCAGAGGGAGCUUCGGGUCCUCCUGCUCUUCCUCCCGUCGAAGGUCAAUUGCAAACCCAAAUUAUCACCCUGAUGAACUCGCUGGCAACUCUCUCCGCCGAGAAAUCCCGCAUGGAGGCCUCCUUCCAGGCGGACAAGAAGCAACUGCGCAGCCAAAUCGCCCAGAAGGAGCAGACCAUUCAGGAGCUCCAUGUACGCGCCAAGGAGCAGGCGGCGCGCGCCAAAAGCGACGUGGACGAGGUCAAGGCCAAGUGGAUUGUGGAGCGGCAGGAGCGGGAGAAGGAGACAAACAACCAGAUGCUCAUGAUCCGCGAGCUGCAGAAGCUCUAUGCCGACGAGCGCCAUCUGAAGGACAACAUCGAGAUGCAGCUGAACAAUUUCAAGACCCAGUUCGCCAGCAACGAGGCCGAGAACAGUCGACUGCGGGAACUGCAGUCCCAGCUGAAGGAGGCCCGCUCGCAGCUGAAACAAUACCAGACCAAGGCGGAGCAGUCUGCAGCGGCGGCCGCCAGUGCGGAUAGCGCUGCUCUGCUCCAGCAAGUGCGCCUGGAAAUGCAGCAGCUUAAGGAUCAGCAUGCGGUGGCCAUUCGCCAGGAACAGAGGCGUGUGCUGCGGGCAGAGGAUCAGAGUCGCAGGCAGGCGGCGUUGCAUGAGGAUCGCGUGGCCAGUUUGGAGGCACGCCUCGCUGAGCUCAGCACCACGGUGGGCAGCUACGAUCGCCUGCGUCAGCAAGAUCAGGAGAGCAUACACGAUCUUAAGCAGCAGCUGCAGGACUUGGAGCAGGCUCACGUCCGACCCACAUCCAAUUUAAAAGCUCUUAGUGAAGAUGUAGACGUGGCCACGCUGGUGGACGAGAUGGUGCGUCUGAAGAAACUGCUUACCAUUGCCAAUGCCCGAUCUGCCAACCCCAUGGAUCUCGGCGAGAUCCUUUCUCUAAGCGGCCAAACAACAACGCGUGCCGAAAGCCACGCCCAUUGCGAGCAACAGCUCCAGGGAGUCCAGCAAAUGCUAGAGGCAGCCAAACAGCAACGACAACUACUCGAACAGAAGGUCCAACUGCAGCACUCGCACAUCCAGACGCUGCAGGAGAAGGUGCAGGUGCUUAAUCGCAACAUCGACGAGGCGGAGAUCGACCUGAAGCAGCAGGGCGAGAAGCUGCGCCUGGCCUUAAAGAGCGAGCGAUCCAAGUGGCAGGAGGCCAAGGCGGAGCUGGAGAACGAGACGCGCUGCAAGCUCAACGAACUCGAGCAGCUUUUGCAGAAGCAGCGCCAGAGAUCCCUGCAGCUUCUCGAUGAGAAGGAGCAGGAGAUCAAGACGCUACAGACCUCCUUUGAGGUCUUUCACUCGGCCAGCGGUGUGGGCAGCACACUGGCCACUCCCACACUGGAAGCCGCUGCAGAAUCAUUUAACUAUUCCUCCGAUGCCGACAGUGUCGAGGUGGAGGGCGAGCAGCGGGAACGGAAGCUAAAGGUGCGCUCCAAGAAAAUGUCGCUGGGCGAAAACUGCCACAUGCUGCAUUACGCCAAUGAGUUGGCUCGAAAGGACAUCGAAAUUACAAACCUGCGCAAGGCCAAGUACGCCGCCGAGUCCACGCUGAGAAAGGCCAUCCAGGAUAAGGUCACAUCUCAACAGGAAAUGCACGAGAAGAUUGAAUGCCUGGAGGAGCAGGUGGACAGACUCGAACGCUGCAAGACGCGCGAGGGCGCCAACCUGGAGUACCUGAAGAACGUGAUCAUCAGCUACAUUGUUACCCGGGACGCGGAUGGCAAGCGUCACAUGCUGAACGCCAUCUCGGCGGUGCUCCAGUUCACCGCCACAGAGAUGCAGGCCAUCAAUGCAUCAUUCCAGAAGAAAUAACAUUCGUAUUUUGUUUAACAAUCAUGUGCAACAUAUUUAAAUCCUUAAAAAACACAUAUUUAACCUGCAA